CUCCUUAGGCCAGGAUCCAUGGCUCCUGGGACCAGAAUCAAGGACCUGGAAUCCCAGGCUACAUCAGUGCAACAGGCCCAUCAGCCAUUGCUCGCGUCGAGGCCAAUCAUGCUGCUCACCUUGCCUGCCCCAGCAAAGGAUUACCUUUGUCUCUCCAUAACCUCCUUCUGCUUCUGCAUCCUGCUGGCGAUCCCAGCGCUGGUGUUUUCCUUUAAGACCCGGGAAGCCAACUAUGACGGGGAUUGGAGGAGAGCACAGAGGAACUCCAGGCUGGCCUUGGCCUUCAGCGUCUCCAGCAUCCUCGUGGGGUGCAUUCUGAUGGCCAGCUCCAUCACAUUAAUCCUUGAGACAGAAGAAGUGACAUCAUCCUGAAAGCCUGCCUAUUCUUGGAGCUUCCGACCUCAAACACCAGCCUCUGCCUGUGCCGGGGAAGCCUUCAAUGUCGCAACACGAAGAGCAAUAAAGAUUUGGAGGAGGUUCCUU